AUGCUAAAUAUUUAGAAGCUGGUAAAGAUGCAGCAAUGCAAGUAGCAGCUAUGAAGCCAGUAGCAUUGGACAAAGACGAUGUGCCACAGGAUAUCAUCAGCAAAGAAAUAGAAAUAGGAAGCCCGUAUUUUACAACUGACUCUGCUGCCGCACUUCGUGCUAAUGAAAUCAACGCCAAUGUCAUCCUGAAAGGAACCAGAGUUGAUGGAAUUUACGACAGUGAUCCCGAAAAAAAUCCUAAUGCUGUGAGAUAUGAUAAAAUCUCUUUUGCCAAAGUCAUCAGCAUGGGAUUGUCCGUCAUGGAUAUGACAGCAUUCACAUUGUGUCAGGAAAACAAUCUACCUAUCAUCGUAUUUGAUAUCAAUGAGCCUGGACAUCUUACCCGGAUUGCCAAUGGUGAAAACAUA